UAUGCAGCCACACUGGCAUACAGUUAAUUUCGUCGCCGUGCCAAAUUCUUGUUUUUUAAUGUUUUAAUUGUGAUUAAAAUACUGAGCAGCAGAAUAGCUACGACAAACAACGCCCUUGAUGGGAUCAAAGCAUGUGAGCUGUACCAAACAGCACGCGAAUUAGAACGCAGUGCAAACCGGGCCGUGUGAGGUGUGCCGACAAGCAUCGAAUUGUUCCGUGUGAAAAGUGUACGUACGUGAGGAUUUUCCGCACAUACUGGACUUAAAACGAGCAUACUGACACACACACACAAGGGCAUAUUUACAGCAUAAAUCAAGCGAUAUUAUAGUGCAGAGCUGUCACCACAGACAAGGCGGCGGUAACUGUUUGUGUGUGUUUGUGUGUGAGCGUUAAAGCAAAAGAUAAACUUGCUUUUGUGAGCCAUGUCGGCACGUUCCAGCGGUUCUGUGGCUGCCGUGGCCGCAAUGUCCGCCGCCGCCUCAUCAUCAUCGGCCGCAGCAUCCGGGGGCGAUGUGCCGCGCCCACCGCCGCGGCGCCGGGCCGCCUCUGUUGCGGGACAACAGCAGACGCGUCAGGAGUUCGGCAAUGGACACACGCCACGUCGAUCGUUGGCUGCAGUGAACGACUCUGGCGACUCGUGUCAUCUGCGGAUUGUGGUGCUCAGCGGCCAGUCCCUGGCCAAGAAGGACAUAUUCGGCGCCAGCGAUCCAUAUGUCCGAAUCGAUUUGAACACAAUCAAUGGUGAUAUUAAUAUUGACUCGGUUUUGACAAAAACAAAAAAGAAGACACUGAAUCCAUCCUGGAACGAGGAGUUCAUAUUCAGAGUGAAACCCUCUGAGCAUAAGCUUGUCUUUCAAGUAUUCGACGAGAAUCGGCUGACUCGCGACGACUUUCUGGGCAUGGUCGAGCUCACGCUGGUCAAUCUGCCCACAGAGCAGGAGGGUCGCACGAUCGGCGACCAAGGCUACACUCUGCGUCCGCGCAGGUCAGUAGGCAGCGCCAAAUCCCGCAUCAAGGGCUAUCUGAAGAUCUAUCACGCCUUCAUCCGUGAGACGCGCGAACAGAGCGAGCCCUCGAGCAGCAACAGCGAUGGGGAAUGGGAGCAUGUGGAGGCCACCAAUGCCAGCGACACGUCAGCGCAGCCGCACCCGUUUCCUACUGGCGGCAAUGAUGCCUUGCCCGCCGGCUGGGAGGAGCGACAGGAUGCCAAUGGGCGCACAUAUUAUGUGAAUCAUACGGCAAGGACGACGCAAUGGGAGAGACCCACUGUUUUGAAUAGCAACAGUGGCCAGUCGGCUGAUCAACUGGCCUCGGAUUUCCAGCGACGUUUUCACAUCAGCGUGGACGAAACGGAGACUGGACGCUCGGCGGAUGCCGUCAGUCGCAAUAGUUUAGAGGAUGAAAGCACAGCAGUAAACACACCAGAAGCAACCACACCAACCACAAUCUCAUCACCAAACACCACACCAACGAUCCACAACGAGAACAAUGGCAAUGGCAGUGGGAAUAUGUUGAUCGAUCCGACACAGGAUACAACCAGUUUUGUUUACAAUUCCCUGCGACAUCCUGUUGCCGCUAGGCCACCCGAAAUCUCAGCCACCAGCUUGCAAAACGAUUUGCGUCCGGUGCGCCAGGCGCCCGAUGUACCAGACAUUGCCAUGACCACGAUCCUGACACGGCGGGCCAUCGACAACAUGGCCUACAAUCUGGGACGGCACGAGCAGGAGCAUAACCAACAGCAGCAGCAGCAGCAGCGGCAACAGCGGCGGCGCCAGCAAAUGCAGCUGCAUAUACAGCAGCACCAGCAGCGGCAACAGCAGCAGAACAGACAAUUGAACGAAGACAACGAUCACACAGACAGCCACAAUUCCUCAGAGAUCUCAGCUCCGCCCACCCGACGCAAUUCCGAGGAAGACAAUGCGGCUGUGCCACCACAGGAUCAAAAUGCUGGCGGCGAGGAGGAGGCACUGCCACCGCGCUGGUCCAUGCAAGUGGCGCCCAACGGCCGCACUUUCUUCAUUGACCAUGCCUCGCGCCGCACCACCUGGAUAGAUCCACGCAAUGGACGGGCCAGUCCCAUGCCAAACCAGACACGACGCGUCGAGGACGACCUGGGACCCUUGCCGGAGGGCUGGGAGGAGCGUGUGCAUACGGAUGGGCGUGUAUUCUACAUAGAUCACAAUACACGCACCACACAGUGGGAGGAUCCACGUUUGUCCAAUCCAAACAUUGCCGGACAGGCGGUGCCCUAUUCGAGGGAUUACAAACAGAAAUACGAGUAUUUCAAGAGUCACAUUAGAAAGCCUACAAACGUACCAAAUAAACUGGAAAUACGCAUUCGCCGUACAUCCAUAUUGGAGGACUCGUACCGAAUCAUCAGUUCGGUGACAAAAACAGAUCUACUGAAGACUAAGUUGUGGGUGGAAUUUGAGGGAGAGACUGGUUUAGAUUACGGUGGCCUUGCUAGGGAGUGGUUCUAUUUACUAUCCAAAGAAAUGUUUAAUCCAUACUACGGACUAUUUGAGUACUCGGCGAUGGAUAACUACACAUUGCAAAUCAACAACGGCAGCGGUUUGUGCAACGAGGAGCAUUUAAGUUACUUCAAAUUCAUUGGACGGAUUGCUGGCAUGGCUGUAUAUCAUGGCAAGCUGCUGGAUGCCUUCUUUAUUCGUCCUUUCUACAAGAUGAUGCUGCAAAAGCCCAUCGACCUGAAGGACAUGGAGUCUGUGGACACGGAGUACUACAACUCUUUGAUGUGGAUCAAGGAGAACGAUCCGCGCAUUCUGGAGCUGACAUUCUGCCUGGACGAUGAUGUGCUCGGCCAGAAGAGCCAGCACGAUCUGAAGCCUGGUGGCGCCAACAUAGACGUGACCAAUGAGAACAAAGACGAGUACAUCAAGCUCGUCAUUGAAUGGCGCUUUGUCGCGCGCGUCAAGGAACAAAUGUCGUCCUUUCUCGACGGCUUUGGCUCGAUUAUUCCCCUGAAUCUGAUAAAGAUCUUCGAUGAGCACGAGCUGGAGCUGCUAAUGUGCGGCAUCCAGAACAUCGAUGUCAAGGACUGGCGCGAGAAUACGCUGUACAAGGGCGACUAUCACAUGAAUCACAUUAUUAUCCAAUGGUUCUGGCGCGCCGUUCUCUCCUUUUCCAACGAGAUGCGCUCUCGCCUCCUACAGUUCGUGACCGGCACCUCACGCGUGCCCAUGAACGGUUUCAAAGAGCUGUACGGCUCGAAUGGCCCACAGAUGUUCACCAUCGAGAAGUGGGGCACACCCAACAACUUUCCACGGGCACACACUUGCUUUAAUCGCCUGGACCUGCCGCCCUAUGAGGGCUACCUGCAGCUGAAGGACAAGCUGAUCAAGGCCAUUGAGGGCAGUCAAGGCUUCGCGGGUGUUGAUUAAUAACACCGGAAACGGAGAUGAUGGCGAGUGGCUUUGGCAGGAGGUGCAGCAGCAGUUUCAGCAGCGCCAGGAAGAAGAGCAACAGCAGCAGGAACAACGAUUUCACACUACAUCACAACAACAACAUCAACAACAACAGCAGAACAACCGCAACAGCAACCUCAUUGCAUUCACGUGGAACAGCACCGCCAGCAGAUCGUGUACUUAUUUGUUCGUUUGCUUUUGUAUUAUAAUCAUUUUUGCUAGUUUAGUGUUAUUUCGUAUGUACUUUUAACUAGGCGCCAACACAACCACACACAGAGACACGCAGAGACAGAGAUAGAGACAGAUAGCGACACAGAAUCCAAAUAAAAUCCUAACAAAGAGUCCAAACUGCAUAUGCAUAUAUAUAUAUAUAUUUAUUACACAUUGCCGACAAUUGUAAAAAGUUGUGAACGUUUUACAAACUAUAAGAAAGGGAGAGAUACCCCCCUCCCCCUACUAUAACUAUUAAAUGCUUGGAAUAUAUAUAUAUAUGUACACCAUAUACUGAUACCUAUAAAGUCAAAAAGUAUAUCUAUUAUGUAUAUGAGAGAGAACCUUUUUAUAAUUGUUAUUUUUAUGCGAUAUUCCUCUGUGCAUCGCCCCUCCCAAAAACAAAUGCCUAAAGGCGAUGGGAUUUAAACAAUAAAAAGUAAUCGCAAGUUAUGCAUAAAAUUGUACUCUGAUGAACACAUAUUUUUAAAGAAAUAAUUAAAUUUUGUAUUCUGUAUAAUUAUGUGUGUAUUCAAAAUAACAAUAAUGUUAGUCUGUAUAAGUGUCCCUCCCCCAAUCACCCUCUUUACUAUUAAAUAAAAAGACAAAACAUAAAAUAUA